AAACCUCAAAGUCGUAACAGCCAUGGCAACCGAAGUCGCCGCCGCCGAAGAGGAGGAGAAGAAGAAGAUGCAGAUCUUAGUAGUCCCUCCCUGGCCCCGCAGCUUCCCGGAGCCCAGCACAUCGCCCUAGACGCAGAGACCGGCGACACGGUCGCGAGCGUCAAGGCCAAGCUCGAGGCCAAGGUGGGGAUCCCCCCGCGCCGGCAGCGUCUCUUGUUAGCCGGGACGGAACUGGCGGACGACGGCCGCACGCUAGCCGACUACGGCAUCGCCCUCGCCGACGACUCAGCAACAAUCCAUCUCGUGGAGACCAAGAUGCAGGUGUUCGUCCGCAUGGUGAAGGCCGGUCCGGGCUACAGCCAGACCUUCUCCGACCUGGAGAGCAGCGACACGGUGGAGAGCUUCAGGGCCAAGCUCCAGGCGCGGACGGGCGUCCCGCCGGAGAAGCAGCGGCUCACCCUCUGCAAGGACCUCAAGGACGGCCACACGCUAGGCGGCUCCGGCGUCUGCGGCGAGUCCACGCUGCAGUUCAACCCCAGGCUGGGUUCCGUAUCCCGGCGAGGAAGGUGGAGCUGUACCUGCGGGACACGGACACGGUGCGCAGGAUCAAGGAGCUCGUGGAGGAGGCCGACGGGGUGCCCGUGGGCUACCAGCAAGUCUUCUGCGGCGGCAGGGAGCUCGAGGACGGUCUCACGGUGGCACACUACGGCUUCAUCCAGUCCACCAACACGGUGUCCAUCUCCUGCCAGCGGCCGGCGGGUGGCUACCCCACGAGUAGAAGUACUACUAGUAGCGACGCCGCCGGCGAACCGCCCGUCGCGAAGCGAAUCAAAACUGGAGCUGACGUCCAGCAGCUGAGUGGCACGGCGGAAACGCCGGAAAGGACAGAGAAACAAGACGAGGAGGAGGGGAAGAGUUGUACGGUCCCUGCGGCAGCGCCUGCCUUGCCCGUCUGCAGCGGCGAGGGGCGGGCUAACUUCGUUCGCAGGCGGGUGCACCAGGGAACCGGGCAGCUCGGCGAACACCCCGGCAUGCCAGGUUUUUUUUCCGAAAAGGGUGGAAACCCCGGCCUCUGCAUCAAUCAAUGCACACAACCAUUUUUAUUGCAAAGUUAUAAAGAGUAGGUGUUACAAGUCAUCGACAAGCGAUCGUGGAUACAAAAAUAAGCCAGCUAAAAACAUCAUGACGAAUCUAUAAUUGAAAGCGUCUAGUACACCGGCAGCCAACCUGGUUGAAGAUAUCCCGAGAUACGAUCUCCAGCCGGUUGCAUCCAAUAUCCAUAAGUCCCCACAGGUGCACAGGAAGCAGGAAACCCCAAAGACGGAUCCAGUGCGUAGCUUUGAAGAUAACCUGCAAAAAGUUGUAAACUCUGGAUCGAUUAAAAACCACAUCAUUCCUGCAAUUCCAGAUAGCCCAACAGAAAGCCGAAACUCCCAUCCGCAUAUGAGCUUUAAGUUUUUUCUCUACCCCAUUAAGCCAGUU